UCCUGAAUUACAAUUUCUUUUCUUUUCUUUUGUCACGCUGGCACUCUCUUCACCAUUCCCACUACGUAUCCACUGCUCUCUCUCUCUCUCCCUCUCACACAUUUGGCUCCUAUAUGCAUAUCUAUCUUUGGCGUGAGGUCUCUAUUAUUAAUACCAUUCUCACUCCUCUCUCUCCUUACCCAAUUUUUUUCCCCUUCCCUUCCCUUAACAAAAACCCAACAUUUUCAUGACCCCAUUUUUCUUCUCACUAUUAUCCUUCAUCCCCUUCUUCUUCACUUUCUCUCUGCUAUAUUAUAAUAAGAAGUUCCCUUGUUAUUCUUAUAAUAACACUGUUUUUCCAAUUAUGAUGAUGAGCUUUUGUAGAAAGAUCGCCCCUCACUCUUUCCUCGGCCUCACCUCAACAACUACUACUACCACUACUUCAACAGCAGCAUCAACCUCCAUAGAUGCUCACCAUGAAAAGCUCCCCUUCAAAUGCCACCACUGCAUUUCUCCCCUAAGUUGUACAGCAUCAGGAGGAGGAGGGUUGCUAGGUCUGGUCACCGCACCAGAUUAUCAUCACAUCAAACACCAACCCCUCCUCUUGGAGUCUUCUUCCAUCAAAUCCUCCUCCUCCUCAUCAGAUUCAUCAUUAUCACCACUAGUGUUUUCUCCUCCUCCUCCUCCUCCGGAAAUUGAGUUUGAGACAAAGAAAGAUUACGCAGGUGGGUUUGGGUUCAUAGACGACAUAGGAGGCGGCGUGGACGGCUUGAUGUCGUGCACGGAGAGCCUAGGGUUUGAGAGCUCGGACGAGAGGCGAGUGGAUGACCAUCAGAUCAUUGAAACAAUCGGCCACCAUCAUCAGAAUGAAUAUGAGGAUCCUGUGGAGGAGGACGCGUGUUUGAGGAUGAUGAGGCAGUCGAUGAGGAGAGUGUCCAAAUGGAAGAGGACGGGGAAGAAGAGAGAGGAGGCCAAGAAGUUUCCACCACCGCUUUCUUCUUUAAACCAGAAUGGGCAGCCCAGGUAUUACCUCAGGCCUGUCAGGAAAGACGGGAGGCUGGAGCUCACGGAGGUCAGGAUUUACAGGCCUGAGAUCUUGCGUGCUUAUCGUCAAGAUGGACGGUUGAGAUUGCAUCUUGUUACCCACGAACCUGAUCUCCAAGAAGAAGAAGAAGAACAACAACAACUAGAAGGCAUCCAAGAAGAAAAUGAAGAAGAAGAAGAAGUUAUUGAUGAGAAAGAGAGUAUAAUUAAUGUGAAGGAGGUGGAGGAGGAGGAGGAGGAGAGGAAGCUGGCUGUGGGAGGAGAAGGGUUUCGGAGGUGCCAGAAUCUGGUGAGCGGCGGCUACCAUCACCACCGUGGAAACUUGGCGGUGUGGAGCCAGCGGCAGCAUUGUGUGACAACCAGGUGAUGAUAGCAUAACAGAGAAUAUUAUGGCAUGGUGUUCAAAGUGGCCGCGUUGAGAAAGAGACAACUGUACUGGCUCUACAUGUAGUUAAAUUAGGAAGAAGGACGAGAUGUUUCAUAGGAAUUAAUGAAUGAAGUAGAGAGGGAAAGUCAAUUAAUCGAGGUUGGAGAAUUAAGAGAGAGGCAGUUAAUUUAAGGCUUACGAAGGUCAAGUUAUGUUUGCGGUGGAGGAGCACUGUUUCUUUCUAUUUAGGAUUUAACUAUUGUGAUUAAUUAAAGUACGUAAAUUAAUUAGCGUGUGGAAUAUAGAU